ACCGCUCUCAAGCGCAAACUACCAGCAAUCUUAGACCUCGCUCAACAUGUCUGAACGAAAGGUACUCAACAAGUACUUCCCUCCGGACUUCGACCCGUCCUUGAUUCCUCGACGGAAAGUCCCAAGGAACUCACAGCAGGUCGUCCGUCUUAUGGCUCCUUUCUCUAUGCGAUGUAACACCUGCGGCGAAUACAUAUACAAAGGCAAGAAAUUCAACGCCCGAAAGGAGACAGUCGAAGGGGAAGACUAUUACGGGAUCAAAAUCUUCCGAUUUUACAUCAAAUGCACUUUAUGUUCUGCGGAGAUUACCUUCAAAACAGACCCGAAGAACACGGAUUACGAAGCUGAACAUGGAGCAUCGCGGAACUUUGAACCGUGGCGCGACGAAGCUGCACAAGAAGAAGGUGAUAAACUCGCGAGGUUAGAGGCGGAGGAGAAUAACCCAAUGAAGGCUUUGGAGAACCGGACGUUGGACUCGAAGAGGGAGAUGGAUGUGUUGGAUGCGUUGCAGGAUAUUCGGGCACGGAAUGCGAGAAAUGAGCGGGUAGCUACUGGAGCUGACCUUCUGGAUAAGCUUGCGCGGGACGAGGUGGAGGAGGAGGAGGAAGCUGCUAAACGACUUGAAGAUGAGGAGGACGAGCGACUAGUCAGAGAAGUCUUCUCACGCGUGAACGCAGGGCCUGGUCCGUCGAGUCUAGCGAAGUCGGAGGCGUCGCCGACCAGCGAAGACGACCGGUCGCCAACUCCACCAGCACCCUCCGUUGUAGUGAAGCGGAAGGCUGAUGGUGAGGAGCCUGAGCUACAUAAGCUAUUAUCGGACAACGCCAAAUCAUUACUGGCAUCGAAAGGCGCUGCACCGGUGGUAAAGAAGCAAAAGACGAAUGCGGCAAAUGCAUUAGGCAUUAAAGUGGUGAAGAAAGGGAAGGCACCAGUGAAGGCUGCUAGUUGAUAUCCUGACCUGUGGUGUACACAUUAUGGUUUCUUUGUAGCUUUAUUAUUUGUACCUCGGAUAAAUCAGUCACUACACGUAUAAUUGCAUGGCAUUUUU